GAUGAGGAGGCAUCAGGGAGCGUGGUUCAGUCUUGGGUUUCUGGUGCACUGACCCUGCCUGCAGCAGGCGAGGAGUCAGAGGACCAGGGCCAUGAUUGAUUCUUCUGGCCCUGGUGGGCGUGCCUUAGUGCCAUGGCCAAAGAUAUGGCAAUGGGUCCUGGCUACCUCACUGGUUUCUGUGAUAACCUUGACUCUGCCAGAGAGCAUCCAGGCAUGCCCGCCUCGAUGUGAGUGCUCCGCUCAGCUGAGGUCGGUAUCAUGCCAGCGGCGGCGGCUUACCAACAUCCCAGAAGGCAUUCCCACUGAGACACGGCUCCUGGACCUCAGCAAGAACCGGCUUCGCUGGGUGCAGGCAGGUGAUUUAACACCAUACCCACGACUGGAGGAAGUAGACCUCAGUGAGAAUCUCAUUGCCACAUUGGAGCCCAAUGCCUUUGCUUCCCUUCAGAAUCUUAAAGUGCUCAAGUUAAGGGGUAACCAGCUGAAAUUAGUCCCCAUGGGAGCCUUUGCCAAGCUGGGUAAUCUGACCAACCUAGACCUAAGUGAGAACAAGAUGGUGAUUUUAUUAGACUACACUUUCCAAGAUAUGAAGAGUUUGAAACACCUGGAGGUGGGAGAUAAUGAUCUGGUGUAUAUAUCCCACAAGGCUUUCUCGGGACUGCUGGGGUUGGAGGAUCUUACAAUAGAACGAUGUAACCUCACAUCCAUCUCUGGCCAGACACUAUCCUACCUUCGCAGCCUGGUCACUCUUCGCCUUCGCCACCUCAGCAUCACUGCCCUGGAGGACCAAAACUUUCGCAAGCUGUCAAACUUGAGAGGUCUGGAUAUAGAUCACUGGCCAUACCUUGAGUACAUCUCCCCUCUUAGUUUUCAAGGCCUUGACCUGCGCUGGCUCUCCAUCACCAACACCAACAUCACCUCUGUCCCUUCUGCUUCCUUCAAGAACCUGGUUCACCUGACCCAUCUCAACCUGUCCUACAAUCCCAUCACCACACUAGAGCCAUGGGCCUUCAAAGACCUGCUGAGGUUGAAGGAGCUCAUCAUGGUCAGCACUGGGCUGAUAGCAGUGGAGCCCCAUGCUCUUGGAGGUCUCAGACAGAUUCGGGUGCUCAACUUCUCUUCUAACGACCUGCAGACUCUGGAGGAGGGUUCCUUUCACUCUGUCAACAGUCUGGAGACUCUCAGAGUGGACGGGAAUCCCCUGUUGUGUGACUGCCGUCUGUUGUGGAUCCUGCAAAGACGCAAGACCCUCAACUUUGACGGCAGAGUGCCAGUGUGUGCCGGGCCGAUGGAGGUGCAAGGGGUCAGCCUCAGCACCUUCACCGAUUCUGCACUCUUUGAUCACUUUACAUGUCAGAAACCCAAAAUCCGCAAUCGUAAAAUGCAGCAGGUUGUUGCUCGGGAAGGCCAACCAGUGAGUUUUCUGUGUCGGGCUGAUGGAGAUCCUCCACCUGCUAUUGUCUGGAUUUCACCACAGCGUAGGCGAAUCACAACUAAAAGUUCAGGGCGUAUCAUCGUUCUCCCGAGUGGCACCCUGGAGAUCCGCUACGCCCAGCUCACCGACAGUGGAACAUACAUUUGCAUCGCCAGCAAUGCUGGAGGCAAUGACACCUACUUUGCCACGCUCACAGUGCGCGGCCAGCCACUAGACGCCGCCUCAGCCUUCUUUCUUAACCGCUCGUUGUACAGCGGAGAGUUCUUCAACGACACAAACCUAAACAGCACACGUGUUUUCCUCAAGUUCACCUUGGACCUGACCACCAUCUUGGUUUCCACGGCAAUGGGUUGCAUCACAUUUCUGGGGGUUGUCCUAUUCUGCUUCCUGUUGUUGUUCGUGUGGAGCCGGGGACGCGGUCAGCGAAGAAACAACUUCACAGUGGAGUACUCUUUCAGGAAAUCUGAACCCGCCACUGGGACCACUUCAGGAGGGACCAGAAAGUUCAACAUGAAAAUGAUAUGAAACAACGCAGCCAGGGGUCCCUUGGGGGAGGCAUGAGCACGUUCCAAAAACGUGUUUGACACACGCAAACACACACAGCCAUUAACUCACAAAGAAGUCUGAAAGCACGUAAUCCACUUUUGUCUAUGGCUCCACUAAAAAUUGAGCACUCACAUCAAAUCUGGAGCCAUAAUUGAAUUUGGUUUAUGAAAGAAAACCGAAUGACCCUGACACUUUGCAGCGGUCUUCUUCAGCUUGUGGUUAUAAAAGACAAUA